AUGGGCACUCUGUUUCCCCAUCCUCCUUACGUGAACCUGUCUUUUAUCAUUUUUUCCAUCACCUCUUGCCAUAGGUCCGGAAUUCUGCCACGCCGUGCCCUUCUGCUAGAAGGAAGUCCGGGUGUGGGGAAGACCAGCCUCGUCGCCGCCCUUGCACGCGCAUCUGGUCACCGUAUCAUUCGCAUCAACCUCUCUGAGGCAACUGAGGUCACCGAUCUCAUUGGUUGCGAUCUACCCGUUGAAGGCUCCAGCUGUGGAACUUUUGCAUGGCGCGAUGGGCCCCUGCUCCAAGCCCUUCGACAUGGGUAUUGGAUCCUUCUCGAUGAGAUGAAUCUGGCUUCACAGUCUGUGUUAGAAUGUUUGAAUGCCUGCCUGGACCACAGAGGGGCUAUAUACAUCCCUGAGUUGGGCACCACCUUCCACGUAAAGCCACAGAUUACGCGUCUCUUCGCCUGUCAGAACCCUGUCGAAGAGGGUGGAGGCCGAAAGCACUUGCCCAAGUCUUUCCUUAAUCGAUUCACUCAGGUUCGCCUCAAACCUCUGACUCCUGCUGAUCAAAUCGGCGUGUUAACGGCCAUAUUCACCGAUAUUCCUCUCUCAAGUAUUGAGGCCAUGGUUCAGUUUAACUCUAUCCUGCAGAAAGCCGUGAGAUGCGGCGAUGGCUUCACGGCCCUAGUAGACACUCCAUGGGAGUUCAACUUGCGCGAUCUCUGCAGGUGGGGCGAUCUUCUGAUGGCUGGUCGAUCCACCUUUGGUAUUAAUCCAGGACUUUACGUCUAUCUUCUCUAUGCCGCGCGUAUGCGUUCGAACGGAGAAAAGGCUAAGGUUUGUUUUUUCCUUUGUUUUACAUUGAUUCAAAAUUGGUGUACGCAAUGGGCUGACGUACACUGUGAUUUAUUAGACAUUUUGUUAGGACUUUUACGUAAUCCCUAUUCCUUCAGAUCGCUUAUUACGCACCCUUAUUCUUCUUCAACUGUCUAUCGUUAA